AGUGUUGGGGUUGGUGGCCGUAGCCCAGUCCAAGGCCAGCAUGUCGCUGCAGAGGAUGGUGCGUGUGUCCCUGGAGCAACCCACCAGCGCCGUGUGUGUGGCUGGCGUGGAGACCCUCGUGGACAUUUAUGGGUCGGUACCCGAGGGCACAGAGAUGUUCGAGGUGUAUGGGACCCCCGGCGUGGACAUCUACGUCUCUCCCAAUGUGGACAGGGGCCGGGAGCGCGCAGACACCAGGCGGUGGCACUUUGAUGCCAGUUUGGAGAUCAUCGUGGUCAUGAACUCCCCCAGCAAUGACCUCAACGACAGUCAUGUUCAGAUUUCCUACCACUCCAGCCGCGAGGCUUUGCCCCUGGCCUACGCGGUGCUCUACCUCACCUGCGUCGACAUCUCUCUGGAUUGCGACCUGCUCCGUGAGGACAGGCAGGACAGGAAUUUUGUGGACAAGCGGCAGUGGAUCUGGGGGCCCAGUGGGUAUGGUGCCGUCUUGCUGGUGAACUGUGACCGUGAUGAUCUGAGCUGUGAGGACCGAGACAACUGUGACCGGCGCGUGCGCUGCCUGCAAGACCUGGAAGACAUGUCUGUCAUGGUCCUGCGGACCCAGGGCCCUGCUGCCCUCUUCGAGGACCACAAACUUGUCCUCCACACCUCCAGCUAUGACGCUGAGCGGGCGCGGGUCUUCCACGUCUGCGGUCCUGAGGACUCGUGCGAGGCCUACAGGCACGUGCUGGGCCAGGACAAGGUGUCGUACGAGGUGCCCCGCUACCAUGGGGACGAGGAGCGCUUCUACGUGGAAGGCCUCGCCUUCCCUGACGCCGGCUUCACAGGACUCGUCUCCUUCCACGUCACCCUGCUGGACGACUCCAAUGAGCAUUUCUCCGAGUCCCCGAUCUUCACUGACACUGUGGUGUUCCGCGUGGCACCCUGGAUCAUGACGCCCAGCACGCAGCCGCCCCUGGAGGUGUACGUGUGCAGCGUGAGGAACAACACGUGUUUCGUGGACGCCGUGGCAGAGCUGGCCAGGAAGGCCAGCUGCAAGCUGACCAUCUGCCCACAGGACGAGAAUCGCAAUGACCGCUGGAUCCAGGACGAGAUGGAGCUAGGCUACAUCCAGGCGCCACACAAGACCUUCCCGGUGGUCUUCGACUCCCCGCGGAAUGGGGAGCUGCAGGACUUCCCUUACAAGAGAAUCCUGGGUCCGGAUUUUGGUUAUGUGACUCGGGAACCACGAGACAGGUCUGUGAGCGGCCUGGACUCCUUCGGGAACCUGGAGGUCAGCCCCCCGGUGGCAGCCAAUGGGAAAGAGUACCCCCUGGGGCGGAUCCUCAUCGGAGGCAACCUGCCGGGGUCGAGAGGCCGCAGGGUCACCCAGGUGGUGCGGGACUUCCUCCAUGCCCAGAAGGUGCAGCCCCCCAUAGAGCUGUUUGUGGACUGGUUGGCCGUGGGCCACGUGGAUGAGUUCCUGUGCUUCGUCCCUGCUCCCGAUGGGAAGGGCUUCCGGAUGCUCCUGGCCAGCCCCGGCACUUGCUUCAAGCUCUUCCAGGAAAAGCAGAAGUGGGGCCACGGCAGGGCCCUCCUGUUCCAGGGGGUUGUUGGCGAUGAGCGGGUCCAGACUGUGUCCAUCAACCAGGUGCUGUCCAAUGAAAGCCUCAUCCGCUUUAAUAAGUUCGUACAGAGCUGCAUCGACUGGAACCGCGAGGUGCUGAAGCGGGAGCUGGGCCUGGCAGAGCGCGACAUCAUCGACAUUCCGCAGCUCUUCAAGACUGAGAGGAAAAAGGCAGUGGCCUUCUUCCCCGACUUGGUGAACAUGCUGGUGCUGGGCAAGCACCUGGGCAUCCCCAAGCCCUUCGGGCCCAUCGUCAACGGCCGCUGCUGCCUGGAGGAGAAGGUGCGGUCCCUGCUGGAGCCGCUGGGCCUCCACUGCACCUUCAUCGACGACUUCACUCCGUACCACAUGCUGCACGGGGAGGUGCACUGCGGCACCAACGUGCGCCGGCAGCCCUUCUCCUUCAAGUGGUGGAACAUGGUGCCCUGAGCCGGCGCCCACCCGCCAUCCUCCCCCCGGGAAGGGCAUUGGCCCGGGUGAUGGAGACUGAGACAGGCCCCUGGAUAAUAAGCAUCACAAGACCCCAGGGUUCCAGAUGGAACGCCAAGGAUGACCUGCACUCUCCGAAGCCUUUUCCUGGGAAGUGUCCACACCUCACCUGCAACCCACUGGUUCUCAGACUUGAAUCCUCCUGGCCUCCCAAAAAGAAGGACUUCAUUUCUUGUGGCCUCUCAUGUGAAUCAACAUCACCCAUGGGGUCUUCCUCAAACAUCCCCCUCCCCACCCCCAAAUCCUCCAUCUGGGGGCAGAUUCACAUUGCAGCCCAGAAGCAGAGGAAGGACCCAUGAUCCUGCUUUGGUCUGACUGCCUCCCGCUCUGCAGGGGAACAAUUCUAGAGCAAGACCCCUCCACACGGGACAGGAGAGAUUCUGUCCAAAGCUUCCCCCAUAGGGAAGGAGCUGGGGGUCCAUUUAGAUCAAGGUGGGACCGUCAUUCCCACUGUCAAGCUCCUGACUAGAAGUGGGACCCUUCCCAGCACCCAGGCCUGUCACAUAGUAGGAGCUUCUAGAUGCAAGUAGAAGGAAUGAUAGUUGUCUCUUAGCCUUAUAAACUGACACUCAGCAAUCCAGCCUUAUCCAGAACCCCCCUGGGAUUUCUUUGAGAAGACAGCAUCCGGGGUCUGGCUGGCUAUGGGGAAGACUGGGUAAAGGAGCAAAAUCUCUCUCCUAAUGCACAAGGUGAGCGUGGUGAUCCCACCUCCUGCAAGAUACUUUGCCAGCCCUGGGACGUCUCUCUGCAGGAGGGGAGCCCCUGGCUGAAUCGGUCCCAAGCCCUCUGUUGAUCUCUGGUCAGCGAUUCCAUGUCCUGCCACAUUGCAGGAGGUGGGGGGCUGGGGGCGCCAGAGCCACCAAGACAGCUCACACCGGGACAACUCUGGGAAUGAACUGCUGAGUGCAGAGGGGUGGGGGUGGGUUUAUUCUCUCAAGAUGCGUGUCAGCCACAUGUGUGUUCAGCGUGGGUGCAGCUGUGUUCCCAUCGCU